AUGUGACCGCCCACUUCAGUCAUAUGACCGCGGUGUUUWGGGUUUCGGUGAGGAGGAAGUGAUUGUGCUACAGUUUUGCAAAGUUUGGCUCUGAUGCCAUAGUAUCAUAACUUUCUUAGUCAAAUUACGACUGAGAGAAUACUGAACAGCAUGGUCACAAGGGCUGGUUUGAUGGGGUUACGAAGCCGAGUCGCAGUACUUUUCUCAGUUGUGCUAUCGCCAAGUCUAUGCACCUCUUUUGGCCAGAUUGACCCCCUGGUCUAUGAUGAGCAGUUGCUGUGGGUGAGGGGCGGGGCAGGGGAGGUGAGCACUUACCGGAUCCCACUGCUCUCCUUCACCCCCAAGGGCAGUCUGCUGGCCUUCGCUGAGGCCCGGAAGAAGUCCGCCAGUGACGUGGGGGCCAAGUUCCUUGCCAUGCGACGGUCCACAGACAGAGGUACCACGUGGUCUCCCACCACCUUCAUAGUAAACGAUGGCUUCCUGGCUGACGGACUGAACCUUGGUUCAGUGGUGGUGGAUGAGGAGACUGGCUCUGUGCUACUGAUCUACUCUCUGUGCUUCCACCAGUACCAGUGUGACCCCGCCAGUAUAAUGCUGGUGGAGAGCAUGGACGACGGACUCCGCUGGAGCCCACCAAGGAACCUCUCGGUCCAGCUGGGCGUCAAGAACUUCGUACCUGGGCCCGGCUUUGGCAUUCAGAAGCACUACCCUCCUGCUAAGGGGCGUUUGGUGGUGUGUGGACAUGGCACCCUGGAGGGUGACGGGGUCUUCUGCAUUCUGAGUGACGACCACGGACGAAACUGGAAGAAUGGCGCCGCGCUGAAGAGCAUCCCCUACAACCAGCCCAAACAAGCCCUGGACUUCAACCCAGAUGAGUGCCAGCCUGUCGAGAUGGAGGACGGUAGCAUUGUCAUCAACGUGCGCAACCAGAACAACUACCACUGCCGCUGCCGCAUGGUGGUGCGCAGCCUGGACGGGGGCGAGACGCUACCCUUAGAGCAGCUGUUGUUUGACUCCACCCUGAUAGACCCUGUGGUAGCGGCAGGGGCACUGCAGAAGGAAGGCGUGAUGUACUUCACCAACCCAGCUGACAGUACUCACAGGGUCAACCUAACCCUGCGCUGGUCUCUGACCAAUGGCACGUCGUGGGAGAAGAAGGCCGUCCAGAUCUGGGCGGGGCCAAGCGGCUACUCCUGUAUGACAUCACUUACGAGCGGCGGCGCAGAGGACAGGAAGUUCAUCUUCGUCAUCUACGAGAAAGGCCACAAGGACUACUAUGAGACCAUCUCCUUUGCCAAGAUCCACCUCUACGGUGGACUGUAGUAGAGUAAGGCUGGGGGGGUGGGUACUUGGUAGAGUCUGCUUCUAACUACUGGUCCAUGGUCAGGGUCCGUAUUCUCAAAGCCUCUCGGAAUGCUGAACUAGGAUACAUUUAGCCUUUUAGAUCAUAAUGAAUUAGAUUAUAUAGACGGGGGACCUGAUCCUAGAUCAGCACUCCUCUGAGAUGCUUUAAAAAAAAAUAUAAUCCCAAAUAUUUUUAUCCACUUAAUAAUAGUUAUGGUUAGGAUGUGGAUCGGGGAAUUUCAUCUGUGGUUAGGGAAUUUCAUCUGUGGUUAGGGUAUUUCAUCUGUGGUUAGGGUAUUUCAUCUGUGGUUAGGGUAUUUCAUCUGUGGUUAUGGUAUUUCAUCUGUGGUUAGGGUAUUUCAUCUGUGGUUAGGGUAUUUCAUCUGUGGUUAGGGGGAGGAUGUUGAGGAUUCUUUCAGGAAGGAAGGAGGACUCAUUGGACUUUGCAGCACAGCUUUAUUUUGAUAGGUGAAGGGAGACAUGGAGAAAUACAAACUACUGCUGUUGUAUGGCACCAAGAAUGACAGGUUUGUGCCACUUUAUCCUAAGGUGGGCUUUUAAAUACAUCAUGAUUGUAUUAAUUAGGGCUAAACCCAUUCGCAGCGGGAAACGGAAAUUUGCUUUUCUUAUUGGACAAGUUCAGGUAGUUCCUCCCUGUUUUAGUCUGUUUUCCUCGAUUUGGUGCCUAAUGUACAUUUUAUUAGUAUGGCCCAAUCACAGGUGUCCCGUCCUUUACUGAAGCUAUGAUAGUCUGUAAUGAUUGGUGGUAUGUUGGUGUACGCUUCCUGUCUGGGGCUCCCAUAGCUGAGAGAGGAGGAAACCCUCCACCCACAUCUUUUAUUUUGUGAUGUGGGGAAGGAAAAAGGUUUGGGUGGGGUAUGCGUCUCCAAGCCAUACAAAUAUUGGGACAGACUUACUAAGCGUUUGCAACUGUGCUAUUUCCAUAGGGCAAAAAACUUGAACAAAGAGUAAAAAUAUAGGUUUAGAGGAGGACAUUUUAACGCCUAGUAAAUCUAGCUCCCAUGCAUCACAGCCCCUAACAGAAUGGUUUCACUUUCAGAAUGGACCUUGCCAACUUUUGGCAUGAGAGAAGUCCGUAUGAUGAGACAAUAGUUYGUGAGGGAAUUGGACCUGUAAAUGAUUGACUUGUGUCAGAAUAGGAGAUGCACAUUUUGAGUCCAUUUUCUUUUUUCUUUUCUUGAGCCAGGGAUGUAAUUGAAAUCCCCCUUGUGCUAUCAGUUGAACGUUUAUUAAAUGUGAUUGUGUCACAAAUGCCUCAACUCAGUACCUGGCACUCCCCUUGUAUGUGAAACAAUGUGACAAUUUACGUCCGGUUUCUAUAGCAUAUUUGAUCGGUCUCAUCUAGCUAGCACACUUCUGUCCACAGCAGUUGUAGUUGUUUCUCUCAGCUCACUUCGCUGAACCUAGCUGUGAAGCCGACAUACUGGUAUGCAAUAGAUUCCUUGUUUAGCGGUAAGACGCUGCACCUGGUUAAAUGCACACAAKGAUUUGAUUGGUAGUUCACYGAAAAUGAUUUUGAUGAGAAACUUUUGCCUUUUAUUGAAAAAUCUGGAUGCACGGCAACUCAUUGUGUCAAGAAGUUUAACUGCCACAUGUUAUGGUCUUUAAGUCCACUUGAUUUUGUAUUUUAUUUUGCAUAUAUUCUUCUCUUAUUGUAAGACUACAUAUCUUACGAAGUUUAUUAUCCUUCCUUUCCUGAAAGUGUGUAACUUCAAUAGAAUGCUUUCAAUUCACGUUUUAAGCUGAGAUUUGUGGUUUUAACAUUUCAGAUGCCUUUUUCUUAUCAAGACAUUGAAUUCCAAUAUAAAUAGCGAUUUAUGGGAGGUGUGAGUGUAAUGUGUGUCUGAGUACAAAUAUGAUAUUCUGUAUGUACGUUUGGAUAUUGUACUGAUAUUUUUUCCAAWUAGUGGUAAAAGAUCAGAACUGGGCUGCCUGUGUAAAAGCAGCCAUUGAUCUACAGUAUGUGGAAACGUGUAUCAGUUCAUAAACCAUGGAAUGGUAUAUCAAAUCUUUUCCCAACUAUUUUGCAGUCUGUGGCACAGCUGUCA